CUUCAGCUCGUCGUCCUCGGUGGAGACUUCGACUUAUUGUCCAUCUUAGAGUCCGAAUCCUGCUUCCUCUUACAGAACUUGGGCCAGGAUUCAGCGUCUCCUAGGCCCUGCACGCCUAAUUCGUGAUCAUCCCGAUUCCGAAUGCGCUGCCCCUGGAUCUACGAAUACCUGUCGAUUCUUCACUUGCUCCCAACCACCACGACUCGCGCGAGGACGAUAGUCGACUAAGCAACAGAGCAGAGCCCAGCGUUGAACGCUCGACGGCCGAAUAUUCGACGAUGAUCAUCCCAGACGGUUCUGCGCUCCCCUGGAUGGUGAGGGAGGGGGCAGGCGCUGGAGAGAAGAGGUGGUUCGAGUCAAGGGACGAUGAGGACGGCAGUGGAGACGGUACGAGCUCGGUGUCGAAGACGAUCCUCGAAUGGCUCUUCCUCGCGAUCGCCAUCUUCCUCCUCUGCAGCAUCUUCUUCCGGAGAAUGAUGAUGAUGAAGCGGGCGAAUCAGCCCAUGUCCCAAUUCUUCCGCGCGCAGCCCCAGUGGUCCUCCCCGCCCCGCCCCAGCCGCGUCGUCCCCUGCUCCCAACCGUGCCCGCGCGACAUGGCCUACAUCGCCCCCCUCCCCUCCGCGCACCCGCGCCCCAGGCGGGCCCAUCGGCGCACGCGCGGCGCUAAUACGGACGGGCGCGGUCGCCGGCUGGACUCUGGCGAGAACGACUACGGCUCGAUCGACGAGAAGGACGUGCUCCCCGCCUACGACAACGUCGGGGGUCCCCCGGAGUACGACGAUGUCGCCGCGCCGCCGCCGGUGGCGCGGGCGCUGCCGCAGCCGGACGAUCCUGCGCAGCUGCCGCGGUCAGCGAGCGCCGAAGACAUAGUCGUCCAGCCGCGCUCUCCGCCACACGAAGAGAGUGUAGCGCCGACCCAUCUCCUUGCAGCUGCGCCGGAGCCAGUCUCCGUAGACGCAACGUCGGGCCAUCUUACCGUCAGCACAUCGCCGGCUCUCACGAGACAGCCUAGCGUCGACUCUACGCCGUCGGAUGUGCCCUCAGAAGUUGUCCCGCCAUGUCCGCCAGCGCCGCCGCCUUCACCAGAUAGGUCAACCACUACCUGAUCUACCUAUGCGAGCCCUUGCGCUGUCUCGAACCCAACGGCGCCUUCGACGUCUUUCCAACCGCCCGCGAUUGUCUUCUCGUACCUUCGUGAAUGGCAGCCUUCGGUGCCUUGUCCGUCGACUCUUUUUUAGCCACGGAGCGGCAUUGUCGGCGUCUUCGCGAAGCCCUUCUCGGUGCCUCUUUCGAGGUCGUCCGAUGAUCGACGUCCUCCCGCGGUUUCAGCGAGUACAUACUGACGCUCCUAAUGUGCAUACGACCCGUUCAUGACUAUCAUCCUUCGCUAUACGUACCUUCUUCGGUGAGCGCACCUUCUUUUGGUGUACAUACCGUAUUCGUUUGUAUGCAUACCUUCCUUGGUGUUCAUACUUGCAGUCUUCGGUACAUACUCACCACUUCGGCGCCCUCCAACGUGUAGACCUCAUCCGUUCAUCGCGUACACCCCAUUCACCGUACACACCCCAGGCUCCUGGCCUGG